UGCCUCAACAUGCGGACCGGCUGCUCACCAGCCACAUGCCAUCGCCCGGCUUCAUGCCUGGAAGCGUACGAGCCGAGAUGUCCGGCAGACGCACGCUAGGCACCGCUGCGGGUCGUCGAUCCUUGCCAAGACAGGAGGGAUUAGGCGGGGCUCUGUGUGUCGCACUACACAGCUGAUGCAUGGGUGCCGCUGGACUCCUUUCGAUGCUCUCCCUGCACAUCGACGUUUCACUCUCAGUUCUGGCCACCCAGUCUGUCCGCAGCGCGCUGCGUGGCCCUGAUGGCCAGCUACGCAUGCAGAUGCUGACGGGCACAGACAGCAGCUGCAGCGCUGCUGAGCGCUGGCGGCUGCACGUGUGCAGCCGGUAUGGGCAGCUCAACGGCUUGCUCUGACGCCGUGCAAGACGCCGUCUGUCUCCACAGCCGUGCCUGUGACGAUAAGGGCUCAGCGGACACCUGACGCAUCACGAGGUCAAGCGCUGAGCGCUCUUGUCGAAGAGGGCAGCGCAGCGACGACAUCCGAGUCAGAG